CCAAUCAGUCAUUUCUAAUGAUGUCGGAUCAGUGCUUGUAUUUCAUCGUAUUAUUGUUUAUUUUUCUAUUUACCAAUAAUUAAACCAGUGCCAAAACCGAGAUGAACCGUAUACAGUUUUUUUUACUAUAAGUAAUUAAUACAGUGACCGGUGUUUGUGAUUAAUUAAUUGUAACAUUGACGUAGUGAGGAAUUUAUUAAGAUGUGAUUAUUUUUCGGAUUUGGCUUUGUGCCAUCGAUUUUAUAUGAAAAGGGGCAAAAUGAAGCUUUUCUCGAUAAUCGUACUAUUCCUGCUCGUGAAGGGGUCGCUAGGCUUCUGUCCGUCGCUCUGUUCGUGUAAAGGAAACAGAUCGAGCGAUGGUGUCACUUUGGACCCGCAGCCCGGAGAAUUAUUGAAGUUAAAAUGUGGCGGGAGCCCUGCACAAAUCACUGAACUCAAAGAAAUAGAUCUAAGCAAACUCUCGACAGUUGUUGUAAGCUUGAAUCUAUCAGGAAAUGCCAUUUCAACAUUAUCGAGAGAUCUUCAUCUGCCCAACUUACAAAAGCUAGACCUUAGUAGAAACCAAAUAUCAUUGAUAGAAUCGGAUGCAUUCUAUAAUAUGACAUCACUACAACGACUAGAUCUCUCAUAUAAUCAGAUCAGUAAUGUUUAUAAGGAAAUUUUUAAAGGGCUUGUAAAUCUAGAAAGACUCAUUUUAUCACAAAACCAUAUCUCAGUUCUGAGUAUGGGAACAUUUGAUUAUCUCGUUGGGUUGAAACAAAUAGACAUAACAGAUAAUCCCUUAAUAUGUGACUGUGAACUACUUUGGGUAGGAGACUGGUCCAGAAAUACGAGUGUAAAACUAGUUGGUAACCCUAAAUGUGCAUUUCCUGAUAACAUGGUCAAUAAAACAGUUAGGAAAUUAAAAAUAUUUCUUGACCUAUCUGUCUGUGGAAGUGUGCUGCCAUCUAAUACUCUGAUAGUGAAGCCAAAUCAUGACCAAGUAGUAUUUGAAGGCGAUACCUUAGUUUUAACCUGUAAUGCCCCAUUUGCAUCUGUCAUAGCAAAGUAUGAACUGAAAUGGAUACAUCCGAUGUUAGAAAUAUGUGACUUAAAUGUAACGAGUACUGAUAUGCAAGAGGAAGGCUUAGCAGAAACAACUAUAUACUUUCCAAACAUUACAAAUCAUCACACCGGUAAUUGGACGUGUAUGUACAAUGACCAAAACCACAUACGACACAAUUAUACAGUCCAAGUUCUUGUGUUGUCGAAUCAAACACAGUAUUGUCUGACUAAUUAUACAAUAAACAAUAAAGGGUUGUACUCCUGGCCUCAGUUAUUGUUGAAUCAUACAGCUACUAUCCCUUGUCGCAAUGGUGACGGGGUUGCUUAUAGAACUUGUAAUGAAAAUUCAAGUUGGGGUCCCGCUAACACCUCGGAAUGUUCAUACAUUAGUAAUAUAACGAAAUUGCUACAGCAAUUCGCAUUAUUGAAUGUCAGUCUUGUGCAGUAUUCCGCACUGAAUGCUACAGAGCGAUUAGCGAUGUUGAUCCAAGAGAAGACAUACCCUUUGGUAGAGAUUUUAGAUCCUGAUGAUGUUAUGUUUAUCGCCCAAGCGAUCAGAAACUACAUGCAGUAUAUAUCUGAGGAGAGGGACUUAGGCUCCACACUCUUAGAUGUGAUAAGUUCGGUUAUGAAUAUUUCCACUUCAGUCAUGUCACAAGCAGAGACACAGUACGGCUCAUGUACAGAUAUGGUUAAAGCGGCAGAAGAGAUAUCAGCUUUUACCAGCAAUGUACAGGGACAUAAGGCGAACUUAGCGGUGGAGCGCUUCCCGGUGGGCGAGGGGUUCAGCGGCGUGACGUGCGUGUGGUACAGCGCGCGGCGAGGCGGCCCGGCGCGCCUGCACUGCUCCACCACCAACCGCACCGUCGCGCACCGCAGCGCCCUCUCGCGCGCCUCCGACGCGCUCAUACACGCCAGCGUGCAGAUCCCGCAGUCCCUCCUCUACAGCACGACGGAUUGCGGAACGCUUCUGCACACCAAGACUCACGAUCUCGUGAUAGCCAUGUACGAGGACGCCUCGAUGUUCCCGCUGCUGCCCGAGAUGGAGGACGGGCACUCCCCCGGACACCGGUCGAAGGACUACUACGGAAGGAGCACCAAGCGGGAGGACAUGAACAUGGAAAUCACGUCGCCCGUCAUCGGGUUUCAACUGAUGAACGUGUCCCUGCAAGGCGAGCUGCUGGAGCCCGUCAUAGCGACGGUGCGCGCGCGGGCGGCGGGCGGGGCGGACGGGCGCGCCGCCGCCUGGGACCCGCGCGCGCGCCGCUGGGCCGACAACAGCUCGGACUGCAAAGUGUCACACGUAGUUUCCGAAAUGAUAAUCAUCACUUGCACGAGACUGGCCUACGUCGGCCUCCUGCAGAACGUCGAAACCGGUAUAUACGGAGCCCGAACCGACGGGGCGAGGUUCAAGGUGUCCCACCCGGCGGUGUACGUCGGGAGUCUCAUCCUCAUCGGUUGCGUGAGUUGCGCCACGCUCACCUACGUCAUGUGCUACCCGGCCAUACAAAUGGCCAAGAAGACGAAACACGCCCUGAUCAACACCUGGAUAGCGAUCGGCUUGCUCUGCUUCAUGUACACUCUGGGUAUAUACCAGACCGAAGACGUCAAAUUGUGCCAAAUCUUGGGACUUUUAAUACAUUACCUGUCCCUCUCUUGCCUGUUGUGGAUGUGUGUGUCGGCUAGCAACAUGUACAAAUGGGUGACAAAGACACACGAUCCAGUAAGGACGCCCGAGGAUGAAAUUCCACCGGAUGUGCCGAUUCAGAAACCGAUUUUAGGAUUAUAUCUGGUUGGUUGGGGCAUAGCUCUCAUCGUAUGUGGAAUUUCAGGAGCUGUAAAUUUGAAGGACUAUGCCGGUUAUUCCCAAUGUUUCCUGAGUACGGCGCCGGCUUUGAGCGCUUUAUUCAUACCGGGCGGUAUAUUGUUAAUAUUUCUGCUAAUUCUAUUUCUUUUGAUUCGGUGUACGAUAAGAAAUAUGAACGUACAGUUAUCGGAAGGAACCCAAGCCACCGAAAAUGUGGACUUAGAAAUGUGGGAGCCGAACCAAGCUAACGAGGGUGCCGAAAGACGAAGUAUAAAGUCAGUAGUCGAUUCGGAAAUAGAUGAUAUCGAACAUACGCCGAUCAUUCAGCUGAGGGCUCAGGUUAUUGUGCUGUGCUUAUAUAUGUCCGUUUGGACUUGUGGGGCGAUAGCGGUGUACAGACCUCUGCCGGCCUACCUUCCUUACCAAGAAGAUAUUUGCAGUAUAAUUUAUGCGGUCUGUUCUACUGUCCUGGGAACAUUUAUAUUAUUCUUUUAUGGGAUCGCCAGAAGUGAUGUACGAGCGCAGUGGUCACUGAUGCACUGCUACUUACAAUCCAGUAAGCAAUGCUGUAGGAACAGAAGCGUCUUCGAUUCGAAUCAACAAAAUCUACCGGGUAAUCAAACAUCUACAACUUCGCCACAACACAUACCGAACGAUAACAGAUCGCGGUCAGGAAGUCGAAGUUCAAAUCGAACUAACACAAAAACGAAUAACAGCGGAACUUUUAAAGCCGGAGCAGAAUUAAACGGGCAAACGUUGUCCAAAGAUGUUAAAAAUACUAACGGCAAACCCCCUAACAUAAAUCUAGUCGUGUUACACAGGCAGCAGUACAGAUCGAAUAACUCCAUGAUGACAUACCCGGAAUCGGGAACAGUAGGGCCGGAAGUGUUUUACAAUCCGAAUCAAAUGAAUGUAGCGAAGAAAUUCUUUAAGAAACAAAGACAGAACAUGAAGAGAAAUUGCCUAGAACUGCCGCUGAGACGAGAUUGUGACGACGAUUCCCACAUCUCGCUACCACUUCCCAGUAAGGAAGCUUAUAAUGGUUUGGCUAGUUUCAUUAACGCUGGCAAUAAAGUCAACAACACAAAUCAACACGUUGAAAGAUCGAACAAUGGAAUCAAGGAACUCCGUAGUACCGUAAAUCCAAAUCUGCUAGAAGACGAUUCGAAGGACAAUUUCAAAAGCUACUCAACUGAUCGGAAAUCUUGGAACAAAAACGAGGAUCCUAAACAUGGCAGAGGGCAAAUAAUAAACAUUUACACGAACGUCCCAGAAACUCAAGUUCCACAACAUCAAAUUGUUAAAGCUAAUGUUCAGAAAAAUUUAAACGGUCAAAGAAAUAGUGUUUCAGAAGAAUGUCUGCAGAGUCACGCCAGCGAGCAUCCUGAGAUGAGGACGAUAUCGCAACAAUGUAGUUUGGAAUACAGUUCUGCGUCCGAGAUUGCGAUGCCGCAUACGUGUUCUGACCAAACGCUAAACACACAUUCGGAAAUUACGUCUUUUCAAGAUACCCAUAGUGCUUUAUGUUCCACGAACGAAAUAACGGACACGGAGAGCUUCGGUCAAUAUAUUGACUACUUACAACCCAGCAAGGUCUAUGAAAAUAGAGAUCAGAUAGAUAAAUCUUUACAGGAUAUAUCGGAAGAAUGUACCAUGAACAGCGACGACGUCAACCGGUCCAGCACCCCGCAUAAUUUAGAAGCUGGAUUGACGGAGAUCGAUCACCUACUCGAAAACCCCGAUAUGGUCAUUGAAGGUUCUAAAGAGAAAAUGGACGAUGAUAAGGAUGCGUUCUUUAUGGCAAAGACGACAUACGACUUCGAAACUUGUAGCACGAAUGCGAGUGAACAAGGUUUCGAAAACGAAAGCGACAUCUAUUGUCCAAACUAUCAAAUGUCCGAAGUUAGUAUACGGAGCCACGGGCUGUACGCUCCAUCGCCAUCGUCUAUGUGCCCAAAUGAAAUCAGCUUCAGCAAUGAGGACGUUUCGACUCUAGAGAGUCAGUAUGUUAAUUACGACCCGGGAUGGCGUAAAACUAUUAAGGAUAAUGCUAAAUUAGGGAAGUAUGUGCCAACACCUGCAUUGAGUUGUCCCGAAGUGAAUCGUGACAGUAGUCCCAUAUCGUUUUCGAGUGAGCUGGACGAACUCUACACUCAGAUAACGAGUAGGGACAAAGAUAGGACGCCGCGUAUAGAGCACCUCGACGUGACCGUGAACAGUGACGUCACUCUCAAACCGGACAGUGACAGUUGUGUUAGUGAAGCGAUCUCCGAAAUUGAAGGAAAAGGGGAAACGACGGUCUAAAACAUUCAUCGUUUGAAGUUUAUGUUCGUUGAAUAUUCGUGUAUAUAUUCUUCUUUUAGAUACUAUUAUCGUUUAUGACGGUUUGUAAUAAUUAUAUAAGAAGAUACAUAAAUAUUCUCUUUUCGAAUACUGCUAUUUUGUACUUUAGUUAAUUAAUAUCAAGGCGAAAUUUGUGCCAUUAAUUUUAGGUUGUAUAAUUCUAGUACUAAGUUGUAAUUUAUCCGUAUAGUUAUUUAUUUUAUAUAUAUAUAUAUUUUUUGUAAAUGGAGCUGACUCACGGCUUUGACACGGCUUACUCUGAAUAAUCAAAAAAACGUUUAGUUAGUUAAAUUAUGAUACAGAAGAUAAAAAACAUUACUGUCAGUAUUGCGGUCAUCAAUGAAGCAGCAGACUCGUGUGUAAACUACACUAGAUUACUUAUUACAAAAUAUAUAUUCAAGCAAAACAUCUGAGAAGUAAGACUGGCACUGCAUUGCCAACAGCAUUUAUUAUUAUUGUGAACACAUUGCAAACUUCUACUUUAACUCGAAACGAUGGCUAGAGAUGAGCUAGCUCCAAGAAACCGAUAGACUCUGCAACAAUUGACUAUAAAAUAAACAAAUGAUUCCAAAUUUGUAGAAAAUUGAAGGAAACUUGUUUAGAUAACUUUAUUUUAAUAAGUAAUGGAGUAAACUAAGCAAUAUUGUAGUACAUAUUGAUCUCUAACAUUUUCUAUUGUAAAUAUGUGUAAUGUUUUUUUUUAUAUUUACAUUUUUAUUAAAACUAUAAUGACUGUAUUUUUAAGUAAUAUUUAGUUAAAGAAAAUUUUUGACAAAAUUUAUUGUGAAAAGUAAAAUUCUUUGUGGGUUAUUCAGUGGUAGGCUCGAUGAAUGGUAGUCGAUAUGAAAAUUUUGAUAAGGACGACGUGACGUGCCAAAAUAUUUAACGGAAUGUUGUAUUCAUGUUUUUUAAUAAACUCGAUAUUUUGAGUGCUUAUAUUGGAUUCGAGUGAAUUCGCCUAAAGCCCGCCUAAAGUCUAGUCCAAUCAUUUGGCUCGCUUCUGUAGCUACAUGUUAUUGUAGUCAGUUUUCGGUAGAAGUUCAUCGUUUUAGUUCUGCUUGAUUGACAUUAGGAUCAUGUUUUUACAACUCCGACGACUUUGUAUGAAAAGUAUUUCUUUGUUUUCGAAAUAUUUUUUUCGAUUGAAUCGAAAGUAGUGCGACGUGUGCCUCAUUGAUGUUUGUAUAUAUUUUUAAUCUAUACUGUUUAAAAGUCUUUUAUACAUGAUGACUAUAGAUUUGUUUGCGGUGACAGCAAAGUUUACUCUUCAAAGUGUACAGUGUGUAAAAUAUUGUUGCAGUAUAUAAAAUGUUAUGUCAUAGACGAUAUUUUUAUUAUUAAGAGUCACC